CGAAGGGACACGCGCUCUCCUCCUUUACGGCAGGGGUGCGCGCGUUUGCGACAGCGUGACGCCGGCAGAGUUUUGGCGGGAAAAGCGGAGCAUUUGGAUUCCUGUGGUGGCGGCCAAAGGACGACCUGCCGUGAUCCGUGGUGGAGUCAUGGCAGUGCCCUUUGUGGAAGACUGGGACUUGGUGCAAACCCUGGGAGAAGGUGCCUAUGGAGAGGUUCAACUUGCUGUGAAUAGAAGAACUGAAGAAGCAGUUGCAGUCAAGAUUGUAGACAUGAAGCGUGCCGUAGACUGUCCAGAAAAUAUUAAGAAAGAGAUCUGUAUCAAUAAAAUGCUAAAUCAUGAGAAUGUGGUGAAAUUUUAUGGUCACAGGAGAGAAGGCAAUAUCCAGUAUCUAUUUCUGGAGUACUGUAGUGGAGGAGAACUUUUUGACAGAAUAGAGCCAGACAUAGGCAUGCCUGAACAAGAUGCUCAGAGGUUCUUCCAUCAACUCAUGGCGGGGGUGGUUUAUCUGCAUGGUAUUGGGAUAACUCACAGGGAUAUUAAGCCAGAAAAUCUCCUAUUGGAUGAAAGGGAUAACCUCAAAAUCUCUGACUUUGGCUUGGCAACGGUGUUUCGGCAUAAUAACCGUGAACGUUUAUUGAACAAGAUGUGCGGUACUUUACCAUAUGUUGCUCCAGAACUUCUAAAGAGAAAAGAAUUUCACGCAGAACCAGUUGAUGUUUGGUCCUGUGGAAUAGUACUUACGGCAAUGUUGGCUGGAGAAUUGCCAUGGGACCAGCCCAGUGACAGUUGUCAGGAAUACUCUGAUUGGAAAGAAAAAAAAACAUACCUCAACCCUUGGAAAAAAAUUGAUUCAGCUCCUCUAGCUUUGCUGCAUAAAAUCCUAGUCGAGAAUCCAUCAGUAAGGAUUACCAUCCCAGACAUCAAAAAAGAUAGAUGGUACAAUAAACCACUCAAGAAAGGGGCAAAGAGGCCCCGAGUCACUUCAGGUGGUGUAUCAGAAUCUCCUACUAGAUUUUCUAAGCACAUUCAAUCCAAUUUGGACUUCUCUCCAGUGAAUAGUGCCUCUAGUGAAGAAAAUGUGAAGUAUUCCAGUUCCCAGCCAGAACCACGGACAGGUCUUUCAUUAUGGGACACCAGUCCUUCAUAUAUUGAUAAACUGGUACAAGGGAUCAGUUUUUCCCAACCCACGUGUCCUGAUCACAUGCUCCUGAAUAGUCAAUUACUUGGCACCCCAGGAUCUUCACAGAACCCUUGGCAGCGCUUGGUUAAAAGGAUGACACGAUUUUUUACCAAAUUGGAUGCAGACAAAUCUUAUCAAUGCCUGAAAGAGACUUGUGAGAAAUUGGGCUAUCAGUGGAAAAAGAGUUGUAUGAAUCAGGUUACUGUAUCAACAACUGAUAGGAGAAACAAUAAACUGAUUUUCAAAGUGAAUUUGGUAGAAAUGGAUGAGAAGAUCUUGGUUGACUUUCGGCUUUCUAAGGGUGAUGGAUUAGAAUUCAAGAGACACUUCCUGAAGAUUAAAGGGAAGCUGAGUGAUGUUGUGAGCAGCCAGAAGGUUUGGCUUCCUGCCACAUGAGAGAUCCAUUGGAUUCCUGAUGAAUGUAGUGCUGCUAUGUUGACAUUAUUCUUCCUAGAGAAGAUUAUCCUAUUCUGCAAACUGCAAACAAUAGUCUCUGAAGAGUUGACUUUCCUCUAGCCAAACAUUUUCCAAUUCUUUUUGCAUGUUCUUCAUACAAACAACAUCUAUAUCGUCACUGUAAGUAAAGCUUUGGGGAACCGAUGGAUAGAAUUCGUUAGAUAUUUCUUCAUCCUGUGUUUAGUGUCUAAAGACCCAUGUGAUGGAAACCAAGCUUUGGGGAUACAUGAGCUUACCAGCUUUUAUACCAAUGUAAUGAAAGAU